UAUUAUUAUUUUCCUUUAGGCGAAGAGGCUUUCCCUCCAUUGUACUCACUCUCUUUCAGAGCCUGGGAGCCGAGCCUCUCUUCCGGCUAUUUACCUUCGUAUCUCCCCCAUAAAAAACCCUAAAAAUCUCGCUUUACGUAAUCCAAAAAAAGAAAAAAGCUAGGGAAAAAAGGGGGGAGGGCGGGAAAGGUGAAGGCGGCGAAUGUGCCUCUGCUUCUUCACCCUGCCAAACUCAGAUGGAGAAAGCGGAAGGUACUGAAGAAGCAGGUAAAUCCCCAUCUCUGCUCCCACCACCACCAACAAUGCCUCCCAAUGUGAAGCCAGAGAGCAUGAAGCCUCCCAAGUAUUCUAUUGUCAGUAGGCGUGGGGUUGGGGUGAGGGGACGACACAUAUCCUUGCUCACCAAUCACUUCAAAGUUUCUGUCAAUGCCGCAGAUGCAGUAUUUUACCAGUAUACCGUUACAAUUUCUUCAGAAGAUAAUAGAGCUGUUGAAAGCAAGGGGAUUGGGAGAAAACUACUUGAUAAGCUUUACCAAACAUACUCCUCUGAACUUGCUGGGAAAAGGUUUGCAUAUGAUGGUGAGAAGAGUUUGUACACAGUGGGUCCUUUGCCACAGAAGAAGUUUGACUUUACAAUUGUGCUAGAGGAGUCAUUUGCAAAACGGUAUAUUGUUUUACACUUUUCUGAUUUUUGGAUUCUGAAUAUGUUAGAAUCUAGUUAUUAA